GAGUGAUGGGACCCGGCUGAGGGAACAGCAGCGAGCGAUCACUCUCCGAGCUGGGAAUGACAGCAGGUAGACAGAUGUGAAGGAUGACUUCUUGCUCAGAGAUCUGUGGGUCGGAGUAUGGUGAGCAAGCUCAAGCUAGUGGGAAUUGCCAGCAGUAUGGAGUCCGCUCCUACCUACACCAGUUUUAUGAGGAGUGCACAGCUUCUAUCUGGGAACGUGAUGAAGAUUUUCAGAUUCAGAGAUCGCCGAGCAGGUGGAGCUCUUUACUCUGGAAGGUCUGUCUUGCGUUUGGCACCCUGAUCUUGUUUGCGGGCCUUAUUGUUGUUUUGGUGGGAUAUGCCACUCCUGCCAGGAUCGAAGCCUUCGGUGAAGAUGAUCUUCUAUUUGUUGACAGCCACGCUGUCAGUUUCAACCGUGCGCUGGAUGUGUGUAAGCUGACUGGCGCUGUGUUGUUCUGUGUGGGAGGCACCUCCAUGGCUGCGGGUCUCCUACUGUCUGCCUUUGCCAAAAGCUACUCCAAAGAAGAACUGUACCUGCAGCAGAAGUUUAAGGAGAGGUUGGCGGAUCUGCACGCAACAGUUGGUAACCCUAUAAUGAGGGCACCGACCCCCGGAGAGGGAAAGGUGCCAGUCACACUUUCCAAAGUCCAGAACAUCCAGCCAGUGAAGUCAGAGACCUGACAGAAGUCCAGAUGAAGGCAUAAAGUGAAGAAGUGUGUGAUGAGAAGUGAGUGUGUGCAGAUUGUGCGUGAGUGCAAACAUGUGUGCGUGUGUCGACCUACGUGUACAUUUUCUCUCUUGAAAGGUCAACUCACAUGACUGAUAGUAUUGGUUCUUCAUCUUCAUUUGCUGUGUUUGACAUUAAAGCUUCAUUUUAAGGUUAUAUAGGUGCAGAGUUAAUAUAGCUAAGCAAAGUUUAAGCCGUCUGUUUCAGCAUCAGUUGUGUGAAGUUUAUACUGAUCUGACAAAGCACAUGCAGGUCUUGAGCCCAACCCAGAACACAAACCACAGAAACAAAUCAAUAGAACACAGCUGCUUAACAACACCACAAAGUGUGUUUCUGUCGCGAGGAUUAACAUUUUGUAAAAGAGGAUGUUGUUACAGCUGGAGGGUGCAGGGCAGCAGAUGCAGCAUAGUUUGAAGUUAUUGGUGAUUGCCCCCCUAUUGCCAGAAAAUGAUCAAAAGAAGCACUGAACAUAACAAGCAUUAUCUCUGCCUGGUGUCUAACAGGACAUCAGAGGAUGAGUGUUUCUAUGUGCAGAAUAUUUUGUGUGUGCUGUGUGGAGCACAACUUCAUUACAACACACGGGGAGAGCAGGCAAUCACAAACACACAACAUGGUGACGUGUGCAUUAGCAAAGGAAUACUUCUUUUGUGCUACAUGCAACAAAAAGCCAGAGGAAGUCUUGACAGAUGAUUUGCUGGAAGUUCACACAUCAUCAGGACAGAUUAGAGAUAAACACACAUUAGAACGGACCUUCAGGGUAGAUUUCACACUGACAUUUUCAUCUGUCUUAUUAGGCCUCUGACCUUGUCUCUUUCAGUGAAUCUUCAGACAAGAUCAAUAGCCUAGACCAGACAGACUGAUGAAAGGUACAUUGAACCAGAUGGAACAUGCAGAACAACAUAGUCAGUCACAUCAAAUGGAAACAGACGUUUCCAAGUGGUAUUAUUGUUGGCACCACUGUCGCAAAGACAACCACAUCGCUUUUGAGCUUAGCAGCCACCAUAGUCCAAAGUUGGAUGUUCCACCAACUGCCAGCUACCGGGAAUGGUAACUGCAAAGAAGUUAGACUGAUCGUCUUUGGUAAUGUGAGACAGCUACCAAUAGCCACAAAGGAAAACAAAUACAUUAUCCUCUUCCUGAUUUGUUUGCACAAUGAUUUACGCACCUUGUUUGUGUCAUCAAUCUAUCAAUCAAUCAAAAAUCUUCUCUGUUUCCACUUAAACAAUAUCAUUAUCAAACAGAUUACAUUCUAGGUAACAGACGUCAUUUAUCAUUCCUUCCAUCCUGGAAAAAGUGUGAUUUCCUAAACACUUCAUUACCCGGGCUCUUCUUUUCUUAAUCUCUUUCUCUCCCUUUGACAAACGCAAGUAUUUAUACACACACCUUUUCAUCCAAGCAUGCGCAUUUUUUCAGCUAGCAGUCAUAAUUUGGCAAGACAAGACAUGUGCAGGUGCUGUGUGUUAAAAUGAAGAUGGAGCAAGGGCGUUUCAAGGGAGGCAGACAAUGUGACAGAUUAUGUUACAUAACAGGGGGAUGAGGGGAGAGCGUUCAGCUCUCCAGUGAGAUCACAUCAGAUACAUCGUGUUUGACAGCGCUUAUUGUUUACAGUCUGUCUGGAUCCGCAGAUGCUUUCAACACAAUAACUGCCUUCCUGUGCUCACACACAAAACUUGAAGCUUCAUUAUGAGGGUGAACAGCAAACAGCAUCACCAAGCUUUUUUUGUUUUCAACUGAUUGUGUCUUCAAUUGCUUUUUAGCAGAGAAACAUACAUCAAAAAGGUUUUUUAGUUUAAUUUUUAUUCCAUACAAGCUUGGCACUGACAUGCACUGUAAAUUACAAGCAUAAGCUGUUAAUACUUAUGUUUUGCUGCCUUUAAAAUGUGUCUAUAUGUAUUUAAGUAUAUUUUUUAAAAUAGUUUGACCACAGCACUCUAAAUUGUCCUUUUGUUGUUUUGUGUUUGUUUGUUUGUUUGUUUAUGUUUUGAAUUCACUGCACAGACAAAACAAAU